GCGCUUUCCGGGGCGGGGAGCAUCGCAUCGCGCCGCCAUGGCCGGCGCCGGUACGGGGUCCUAGCGCCGCCCGCCCGCCCGGCUCCGGUACCGGGUCCUAGCGCCGCCCGCCCGCUCGGCGAGGAGGAGGAGGAGGAUGGCUGCAGCCCGGCCCUGGCUGCUGCUGUGCCUGGCGGCCGCCGCCGCCGCGCUGCCCGCCCUCCCGGCCCCGCCGAGCAUCCGGCUGCCGCUGCGCAGCGCCCCGGCCCCGCCGCGGGCUGCACGGGCACGGCGGGCACCGGGGGACACCGAGCGGGGCGGCGGCGGCUUCGUGGGCAUGAUCGACAACUUGCGGGGCAAGUCCGGGCAGGGCUACUACGUGGAGAUGACAGUGGGCAGCCCCCCGCAGAAGCUGAAUAUCCUGGUGGACACGGGGAGCAGUAACUUCGCCGUGGGAGCUGCGCCUCACCCCUUCCUCCGGAGAUACUACCAACGGCAGCUGUCCAGCACCUACCGCGACCUGCGGAAGGGCGUGUACGUGCCCUACACCCAAGGCAAGUGGGAAGGGGAGCUGGGCACCGACCUCGUCACCAUCCCCCAUGGCCCCAACGUCACUGUCAGAGCCAACAUCGCUGCCAUCACCGAGUCGGACAAAUUCUUCAUCAACGGCUCCAACUGGGAAGGGAUCCUGGGGCUGGCGUACGCUGAGAUCGCCCGGCCCGACGACAGCCUGGAGCCUUUCUUUGACUCCCUGGUGAAGCAGACACGAGUGCCCAACAUCUUCUCCCUCCAGCUCUGCGGCGCAGGCUUCUCUCCCAAUGAGACGGAGGCUGUGGCAUCGGUCGGGGGCAGCAUGAUCAUCGGCGGCAUUGACCGCUCGCUGUAUGUGGGGGACAUCUGGUACACCCCCAUCCGGAAGGAGUGGUACUACGAGGUCAUCAUCGUCAAGCUGGAGGUCAACGGGCAGGACCUGAACAUGGACUGCAAAGAGUACAACUACGACAAGAGCAUCGUGGACAGCGGGACCACCAACCUCCGGCUGCCAAAGAAGGUGUUUGAGGCUGCGGUGAAAUCCAUCAAAACAGCUUCUUCGACGGAGAAGUUCCCAGAUGGCUUCUGGCUGGGGGAGCAGCUAGUUUGCUGGCAGGUUGGCACUACCCCCUGGCACAUCUUCCCGGUCCUGUCCCUCUACCUGAUGGGUGAGGCCACCAACCAGUCCUUCCGCAUCACCAUCCUGCCCCAGCAAUACCUGCGCCCGGUGGAGGACGUGGCCACUUCGCAGGAUGACUGCUACAAGUUCGCCAUCUCCCAGUCCUCCACGGGCACCGUCAUGGGCGCCGUUAUCAUGGAGGGAUUCUACGUGGUCUUCGACCGUGCCCGCAAGCGAAUUGGCUUUGCCGUCAGUGCCUGCCACGUGCACGAUGAGUUCCGCACGGCUGCGGUGGAGGGGCCCUACCUGCACUCCAACAUGGAAGAUUGCGGCUACAACAUCCCGCAGACGGACGAGUCCACCCUGAUGACCAUCGCCUACGUCAUGGCAGCCAUCUGCGCCCUCUUCAUGCUGCCCCUCUGCCUCAUGGUGUUCCAGUGGCGCUGUUUCCACUGCCUGCGGCGGGACCACGAUGACUUUGCCGACGACAUAUCCUUGCUGAAGUGACGGCGGAGCGCGGGGGCCACGGGACAGGCGGAGGUGGGGCCGUUCUGCAGGGGCUGGAAUGGGGACGUGGGGCAGCAGCAGGGGCAGCUCAGACCCUCAACCCCAUCCCUCCUGGACCUGGGAUCUCCCGUCGGGGUCAACGGGCUGGGAGCAGCCGUGGGAGCUCCACGCAUGGGACCUACGGAAAGAGCGUGGCGGCUGGGGUGAAAGCACAGGAACCUCAGCUCAGCUCUGGCAGCGGAGCGGGCUGGGCUGUCCCUGGCUCUGCUGCCCACACUUGACCGAGUCCCACGGCCGCGCGAUGCCCUGCCUGUCUCCUCCCAUCCCUGUGCCACUGUCCUUCUCCACCAGGAAACCACCAAUCCGGGCUCUCCGUGCAUGGAGCUGCGUGCAUACACGUGCACUGCAGCCAUGCCUUCCCCGUGCGGCUCCCUGCCCGAGCCGAGCUCCGGAGCUGUGAACUCCAGAGCCUCCUGUCCCUCACCCUGGGCUUUUCGGAGCCAGACCCAGGGUGCCAGGACGGGAGCAGCGAGACGCGAGCUCCAUCCUGCUCCUCCGGACAUUGCUCGCUCCAACAUCUCCCAUGGCAUCUCCCAGUGCCCCCAGGACUCCCCCGGGACAGGCAGGAGCAGGCACCCCCCUGCCUUCCUGCCCCCCAGCUUGGGGUGGGAAGGCAGCAGCGUCCCCAUGAGCUCCACGCAGCCAUGAAACAGCGUGCCAGGAGAGCGCGGAGCUCCGGUGCCGGCUGCUCCCCAGCCCACCCACCCAACCGAAAGCCAUAGGGGAGCCCGUGCCACCCGCAGCCCCCGCGUCCCACACCACUGCAAUCCUCUCCGCUCAUUCCACAUGUCCCAACGCUGGCUCCUGCUCAUCCCAGCAUUUAAUGUUUUUUUAUUUGUUGUAUUUAUUUCCUUUUUUUUUUACACCACACGGCUCCGGUCGUGCGGCAGCGCGGUCAGCGUGUACAUAGCAGGUCCCGCACCGCAGGGCGUGCGGUAAGUCACUUCCCACCUGUACGAUACAGACCUACAUCUCUAUUUUUAAUUCUAGCUGAAUGCCACUGUCCCAAACCCAACGGUAGGAGUUUGGUCCUGUUUUGUUUGGGUUUUUUUUUAAAUGUUUUCAGCCUCUGGGGCCUCUCGGCCACAGCGCGGGGUGGGAGCUGCGGCUCGGAGUCGCUUCCAGAGGGUUACCUGGCGUGGGGACAGGGAGGGAGGGCAGGGCUGGAGCACAUGGAGCAGUGGCUCAUGAGCCAAAAGGACACAGAGUACAGGAUUGUCCUCAUCGUGUCCCUCCGGGAGGAUUUUCCGGUCUGUAAGGACAAACCUCUCCUUCUCCCCGGGGAACGGAGCCACCGCAGGCUCCCAUCUCCCUUCCCCAGGGCGGACGCCCUUCAGCUCGCAGGCGGUUGCUGUCGCUUUAUUUUCUUGCUUCUCUGCCUCCCCGUUGGACAGGAAAGUGCUUUGUUUUAAACACUAAUUAAAAAGACAAAGUUCCUUCAUGAGCGAAAGCCGGGGCCGAGCCACCAGUCCAGGUGGGAAGAAGGGCCGGAGCGCUGCCGAAACGCAGCGAUCACGAAGCAGAAAGCUCCCUACCGCAGCCCUGCAGUUGAUUCCUUGGCAAAAGCAGCGCGGAAGGCAGGAGGAGGAAAGCCACACCGCGCAGGAGAAGCACGGCAGCGCCACAACAGCCCGUGAAACGCAUUCCAACACCAUCCCGCUUUGCCGCUAGCGUGCUUGGAUUGGCAUCCAGUUCCCGUGCCCUGCUGCGGAACUGCAGGCGUCCAGUGGUUCCACUCCGGGGAACCCUAUGCCCUCACAGCCCAGACUUCCACACCCUCGUGCCUGCCCAGGACCCUCCCCAGGAUCCCAGAGACUCCGUUGUGGACCACUGCCUUAAAACAUGCUGGCGAGCGUGCGCGUGCAUGCAGGAGGAUUCGGACUGCGGCCGCGUGCAGGCGUGCUGCACCCUGGCAGCCCAGAAUCUGUGGCGCAGGCUGCAAAAGAAAUUCUACGAAGUGCAAGGUUUUCAGUGGUGCUGAGCACCUCGUAAUCCCACCACAAUCCACGGAGAAAGGGUUGGUGCCUCAGCCCGGGCUGGAGGAGAGCGUACAGGAGAGAAGGAACUGCACCCGGUUGGUUAUCUGAGCUGCAGCGCAGCCGAAUCCGAGCACUCCCUCCCCAGGGCCUAGAGUUACGGCAGGGAACAGCGGUAACGGCGCAUACGGAGCCGAGUCCCGUGGGAGGGCUCAGGUCGCUGUAGACUCCAGUACUCUGUAACCUAUUGUCUAUGUAAGAACAAUGAAUGUUAACACAGUAAAUUAUUAUUACAUUAAAAAAGACCACAAAAAAAACCCACUCCUCAUCUCCAACCUUUUCAUGGGGAACUUCUGGGGGAGGGAGGAGGCAGGAGGC